AUGGGUGAAGGAAUGAAAGCAGCCGGCUUGCAUCUCGCUACUCUUCUGUAUCUAUGCUGUUUAUAUACAGCAGUAGCUGACAGCUCAGGGCUUUGCAAAAUAAUAAACUGUAUGAUGGGAACCUGCAACGACACACUUACAGGCAACCCAUUGGAUUUCCUUCCUCGCUGUCAAUGCAAUCCAGGCUGGAGUCAGCCAGCCAUUGGGCUUAAGAUCCCCUUUCUUCCCUGCGUUAUGCCUAACUGCACACUGGACAUAACCUGCGGUACAACAGCCCCCGCGUCGGCUCCUGCUUUCGUGCCGCUUCCACCGCCCGAGAAAUCUUCCCUUUGCGCAACGUCCACGUGUGGAGAAGGCGGCUCAUGCAAGCAAACGUCCGAUUUUACCUAUGUUUGUCACUGUGCGCAAGGAUAUGAAAACCUUCUGAAUAUGCCGCCUGCAGCAUGUCUAAGACAAUGUUCGUUUGGGGCAGACUGUGCAAAACUUGAGAUAAAUGUGGGCGGAGGCGGAGGUGGAGGUGCAACCGCUCCACAGCCUUCGGGCAGUAAUCGAGGGAGAAACAAUAGCGGAGGCUCAGGUACAACCGCUCCGCCGCCGCUGGACAACAAUGAGGGUAAUUCAGCUCGCCCAGAUUGA